AUGGAAAAGAAGCAGGAAGAUUCCAGUGUUCUGUCAAGGGGGCUUUUUGGUGAGUCUUCUGAUGGUUCACCUCUACCAAGAAACAAAUUUUCACAUGCAUAUGAUAAAGGACGACGCAGUAUAAGAAAGGUUAUAGACAAAAAAUCUUUGGAUAUCGAUACUAUAGUGAUAGCGAAUACGGAAGAGUUUGAGCGCAAACGUCGACUCAUCAGACGCCAAACAAGACUGAGGGAACUACUUGGUGAGGAUGGGCUAAAUGUUCUAGUCAUAAACGAUGAAGUGUGUCUCGAAUACAAUUUUGAGGGACUUUGCCCCGUUGUUACCGUUCAUCCUUUCUUUACAAAGGUCAUGAAAGUGCAUCAGUACGAAGGUGUAAAGUUCAUGUGGGACGCUUGCUUCGAGAGCCUGGCGAUGAUAGAGGCGGGCCACCCCGGCGGCGGCUGCAUACUCGCCCACUGCCCGGGGCUCGGCAAGACUUUGCAAGUGUUGGCGUUGCUCCACACGGUAUUGACACACCCACGCGUCGGCAUGCAACGAGUGUUGGUGUGCUGUCCGCUGUCCACCGUCCUUACCUGGGUCGAUGAGAUUCACAAGUGGAUCGGACCUGUAACAAACAAGCUCAAGGUAUUUGAGUUAUCGAAGCGGAAGAAGAAUUCCGAGAGAGCAUGUCAACUCGAAGACUGGUACAAAGGAGGCGGUAUCCUUAUUAUCGGUUACGAGUUAUUCUGUAAUUUGUCAACUUUGGAUCCUGUAUUGGACGGAAUUUGCCCAACAAUAGUAAACAAAAUUCGGUUGGCACUGCUGGACCCAGGCCCGGACAUCAUAGUUUGUGACGAAGGCCAUCUCCUAAAGGACGACAGUUCGGUGCUCGCGGUCGCAAUGAACAGAGUUACGACCAAACGACGCAUAGUCCUCACCGGCACCCAAAUACAGAAUAAUCCCAAAGAAUAUUAUUGUAUGGUGAAUUUCAUCAAACCGUAUCUGCUCGGAAGCUACUCGGAAUAUUCCUACAGAUUCCAGAUUCCAAUUAUGAACGGUCAACACUGCGAUUCAAGAGAGGAAGAUAUUAAAUUAAUGAAAACGCGGACGCAAGUCUUAAACAAGCUGUUAGAAGGUUGCCUUCAGCGUCAAGAGGCGUCGGUACUAUAUCCGUACCUCCCCGAGAAACACGAAUACACCUACUUCAUACCUUUGACGAAAUGUCAAAGCGAUCUAUAUGAGCAUUAUUUAACGCAUUACACAAAGUUUGGCGAGCAGCGUACAAUGAGAGAUUUCCACAUACUGCAGAAGAUAUGGACUCACCCGCAAGUGCUGCAUAAUUUCCACAUGAAAUCGUGGAAAGAUAAUAUUAGGAAAUUGAAGAAGAUAGUCGAUAACCUGGCGAAUGGAGACCUGACGGCCACAGAGAAAAUAAAGCCAGCGCAAACUGAGGCGUGGUGGCUGCAGUACUUGGAAGGAGGCAAAUUGCUUGACUCGUUGGAGAGCUCCAACAAAUUGCUUGCUGUCUUCCGCAUACUCGACGACUGCCUUGUUCGGGAGAUAAAGCUGUUGUUUUCGACGUCUCUGUUCACAAUGGACACACUUGAGUAUUUUCUGGGGCGCACCAAGAACUGGAGCUUAGGACGCGAGUAUUACCGGCUGGACGGCUCCGUGCCCGCCGAGGUGCGCCAGAAACGGUGCCGCGACUUCAAUGCAGACAGCAACCAGAUAACCAAAUUAUUCCUUAUAUCAACUCCGGCUGGCUCGCUGGGGCUCAACAUGACGGCAGCUAACCAUGUCAUUAUUCUUGAUACUUCAUGGAACCCCGCACACGACAUACAGAGUAUCUUUCGAGUUUACCGAUUAGGUCAGAAGAAGGCCUGCUACAUAUACAGGCUGGUCGCUUUGGGUACAAUGGAACAGACGAUAUACGAGCGUGCCGUGACGAAGCAGGCAGUAGUGGACGAACAACAGAUUGUUCGCCAUUUAAACAAGGAUGAACUCACGGAAUUAUACAAAAUUGGAAGUUCAACAAAUUCAUCCUCCCAACAAUCAACGAUGGCACCUGCUGUAUGCAUUAUUUCCGACGAUGAUGAACAUUUCCUCGUCAGUGAUGAAGAUUCUGUUUACCUGAUUAACGAACCUUCUCCGCUAGGAAGCGAAAAGUCUUCCACUCAGAAAAAUUUUUCCCAUAAUAACGAGGUAGUAAGUGAUACUCCAUCAAUAUCAACACCUCGUACACCACCCGUAACAAGAAUCUCCUUAGAAAAUAAAGCAAAUACACCAAACAACGAAGCUACGAUUAUAAAUCCUGAUGUUUACUUAGAUUAUCAUAUCGAUCACAUAAAUGAACAAGUUCCUAUUAAGGACACUACCGUCACUAAUACGACUGUCGGUCCUCAUAUAAUCUGCUUAGACAGUGAUGAAGAAGAUCCUGUAAGACAUGAGACGGCUAAAGGCACCGUUACUAAUCCAGCUACAAAUAUAAAAAUUACUCAACUGCCUGUCUCUGUUACGACAAUGGCAUCGAAUGUCGUACCACUUCAAAGCCCAUCAACUUUAAACACUCCCGUGUCUGGUACUCCAGAAGUACCGAAUUUCGCACCAGAUAAUCGAAUUGAGAUUCUUUUAGAUGAAUUACAGCAAAUAGAGGAAAGAAAAAAAACUUCGGACUCUGAUGACUUGGUAAUGAUUUCUGACGAUUCCACAAGUUGUGCAGAAUUUAAAACUGAUACUAGUAGAAAAAAUGAGAAAGGCACGAAAAUCAAGCUCUUGUCACCAAAACCUGUAAAGAAAAAAAUACAAAAAAUGGCACAAUAUCCGCCAGCAGAAGAUAAAAAAAAUCUUCGACUUCUUCAAGUCCACCAAAGCUUCAAACUUCUAUUCCAGAAGGAGUCCCCAAUUGGAAGUUCAACAAAUUCAUCCUCCCAACAAUCAACGAUGGCACCUGCUGUAUGCAUUAUUUCCGACGAUGAUGAACAUUUCCUCGUCAGUGAUGAAGAUUCUGUUUACCUGACUAACGAACCUUUUCCGCUAGGAAGCGAAAAGUCUUCCACUCAGAAAAAUUUUUCCCAUAAUAACGAGGUAGUAAGUGAUACUCCAUCAAUAUCAACACCUCGUACACCACCCGACACCACCGUCACUAAUACGACUGUCGGUCCUCAUAUAAUCUGCUUAGACAGUGAUGAAGAAGAUCCUGUAAGACAUGAGACGGCUAAAGGCACCGUUACUAAUCCAGCUACAAAUAUAAAAAUUACUCAACUGCCUGUCUCUGUUACGACAAUGGCAUCGAAUGUCGUACCACUUCAAAGCCCAUCAACUUUAAACACUCCCGUGUCUGGUACUCCAGAAGUACCGAAUUUCGCACCAGAUAAUCGAAUUGAGAUUCUUUUAGAUGAAUUACAGCAAAUAGAGGAAAGAAAAAAAACUUCGGACUCUGAUGACUUGCUCUUGUCACCAAAACCUGAAAAGAAAAAAAUACAGAAAAUGGCACAAUAUCCGCCAGCAGAAGAUAAAAAAAAAUCUUCGACUUCUUCAAGUCCACCAAAGCUUCAAACUUCUAUUCCAGAAGCAGUCCCCGUUGAACUAAUUGGAAGUUCAACAAAUUCAUCCUCCCAACAAUCAACGAUGGCACCUGCUGUAUGCAUUAUUUCCGACGAUGAUGAACAUUUCCUCGUCAGUGAUGAAGAUUCUGUUUACCUGAUUAACGAACCUUCUCCGCUAGGAAGCGAAAAGUCUUCCACUCAGAAAAAUUUUUCCCAUAAUAACGAGGUAGUAAGUGAUACUCCAUCAAUAUCAACACCUCGUACACCACCCGUAACAAGAAUCUCCUUAGAAAAUAAAGCAAAUACACCAAACAACGAAGCUACGAUUAUAAAUCCUGAUGUUUACUUAGAUUAUCAUCAUAUCGAUCACAUAAAUGUACAAGUUCCUAUUAAGGACACCACCGUCACUAAUACGACUGUCGGUCCUCAUAUAAUCUGCUUAGACAGUGAUGAAGAAGAUCCUGUAAGACAUGAGACGGCUAAAGGCACCGUUACUAAUCCAGCUACAAAUAUAAAAAUUACUCAACCGCCUGUCUCUGUUACGACAGUGGCAACGAAUGUCGUACCACUUCAAAGCCCAUCAACUUUAAACACUCCCGUGUCUGGUACUCCAGAAGUACCGAAUUUCGCACCAGAUAAUCGAAUUAUGAUUCUUUUAGAUGAAUUACAGCAUCCUUUACAAAUAUUAAAAUGA